AUGCUUCAGUCCCUUCCGCCUGCCACCUUCUCAUUUCCUCGCCAUGGCAUCACCAACCACAACCUUCUCCGCCCUUUUCCUCUUUCUUGCUCUCUUCUUCGCCGCCAUCAAUGCUCAAGAUUGCGGCCCUUCGCCGGCGCCCAGUCCCGAGGCCGGAGCGGUGGGAUCCGUUUCGAGCUCGGUUUCCCUUAUCGGAGCUUCGGUUGUGCUGUCAUUGAUGGUCAUUUUGAAGCAUUGAAUUCCUGA